AUGACAAAAAUUCAAAAAAAGAAACAAAGAAUAUUAGCAUUUCGGAGGCAGAAGUCGAAAGACCAUAACUCUCGACAUGAAUCAUAUGGACUGACAGGCAAAGAGUUAAAGACAAAAAGCAUUAGUGUACCGCAGCAAUCUAUUUUAAAGGAAUAUUUAAGCAAAGAAGCGGCAGAUAAUGAAUUAGUUCUGCGUAAGUUAAGUUUAGUAAAACAUCCAUCGGGAUUGCAGCGUAAAGAGGCGUUGAAUACUUUAAAGGAUUUAUUGCGUAAAUCGGAAUUUGAAACGAAAAUAUGGACAUUAAUAAUUAAAACGACGAUUCCGUUGAUGAUUGAUGAGGAAUCGGGAGUUCGUGGGGCAUUACGAUCGUUAUUAUUAACAAUAUUUACGGAGAAAGAGGAAUUAAUUGAGCCACAUAUACUUUUUAUGAUAUUAUAUAUUCAUUCGGCAAUGACGCAUAUUUUGCCAGAUGUACGAAAUGAUUCAACGAAAAUUUUAGCCUGGCUUUUGGAGAUACAGGGGGAAUGUGUAGUUAAAUAUGCAUGGGAGAAGUUUUUGAAUACGUUUUCUGUUUUAUUUGGGUGGAAAAAUGAAGAAAAUACUGCAAAUACUGCAAAAACAGUUCUUCUUUUUAAACCGACGUUUUCGCAGGAAUCAAGAUAUCAACAUUUUAAAGCGUUUGAUAUUUUUUUAAAAAAAGGUCUUUAUUCUAAUAAAGAAAAUGAUCACGUGAUUCCCAAUAUAUAUAUAAAUCAAACAAGAUAUUUAUCUGGAAUCAAUCAUCCUAUGGUUUCUAAAUAUUUAGGUCGACCUUUAAAGUCAUCUCCAUAUUUUCAUCUUUCUUUAUUUUCUCAAGUGAAUAACAUAUCUAAAAAGGUGUAUAAAGAUGUAUGGUCUCGAUUAAUGUUAUUCUAUUCAUAUCUUCCUGGUUUGUUGUCUUAUCUUCAAGGGACAUGGUUCGAAUUAUUGCCAUCGUCGAUGGAUUCACUAUCUUUCAUUACGAUUAAAACAUGUAUUCUUAUUAUAUCAAUAUUAGAUCAUAUAAAUUUAGUUUUAAAAAAGGUGAAGGUAGAUGAUUCAUUAUUUGAGCAAAAUUUAAAAAUAUUCCAUGAUUUUAUUGCAAGAAUCGAAUAUACGAUGCAAGAAUUUAAAAAUAAUAACGAAAGUGUCGAAUUAUGGAAAUAUUGGGUUAAAACGGGUUUGCAUAAAAAAUAA